ACAGUAUAUUUACUAUUAUAGGACAGGAAAGUCUUUUAAACCUGGACAAAAUACGAAAAUUUAAUUGACUAUAGCGUCUACACUUUUUAUUAGUUUGACUGACAAAGAGAGUAGCAUUCCUUGUAUGUUGGCUGACCUGGGACUGUAGUUUAUGCGCUAUCUAGACCUUUCACCGCGGAGCUGUACGUAAACAGUAGGAAAAUUUUGACAAAAGAACCAAAAUAUUUCUUUCGAUCGUCUAGUGCUGUGUAAAUACAUAAAGCCCAUCCCAUAAUGGUAUGAUUUUAGGAAAUAUAAUCGAUGUAUUUUUAAUGAUCAGGAGAAAAAAGCUCACAAUUUUUACAGAUGCAAAGGAUACAACGUCAGUUCACGAACUUAAGAAAAUAAUUGAAGGAAUUAUUAAAGUACCACCUGGUAAUCAACAGUUAUUUAAUAAAGAUAAUCAGAUAAUGGAAGAUGAUAAAAUGUUACAAGAUUAUGGUCUUACUUCAAGUGUAGCAAAAGCUCAGAGUCCGGCAGCUGUGGGACUAGCUCUGAGGCAGGAAACUGGUGAUUUUGAACCACUAGAAAUUACACCAUUUUCAUCGCCUCCAGAUCUUCCUGAUGUAAUGAAAUCACAAGAAAGCAAUGGCCAGGAACAAACAUCAUGAACACAAAAGAUUGAUUACAUCUGUUUAUUUAAGAUGAAGGCCUCUGUAAUCUCUCUAAUAAAUCACCAAAGACAGGGA